AUGGACAAGGCUGGUGCCUUCGAUGAACGAGGGCUUUGGGUUCUGCGGAGGGUCAGCACGAUCUUUGCUGUGCGCAGAGAGAAGCUGGACAAGUUCCUCCAACUGCUGGGCGAGGAUGCGAAUUCCAGCAGAGUGCUGAACCACUUUCUCAAUGAGGUGGAAGUGCCAGCAGUCUUCUUUCAUUCGUCUGGAAAUGGGGACAGCUGCACCGUAUCCACAGACUUGCCGACGGCAGCUCAGCUCAAGAAGAAGGUUCUGGCCCUAGUGCGGUCCAAGCACGAGGUGGAGAUUGACUUAGGCCCUGGGAGGCGACCUUCCGUGGUCUUCGUCGAGCUCGCGAAGGGGAUCAUGGACCUCAUCAAUUCCUACUGCCACUCUGUUUAUCUCUCCGUCCUCAUGAACCCUGCGAAUCAGCGGGGCUGGUCAGACCUUAUCACACGGGACCUCUUAGACAAGUUUCACAGCUUUCUCGCAAGCCUUCACGUGACUGUCGGCCUCCGACAGGGCCAGACGCUCUUGCCCUUGCCACCCAGGGAGGCUGUGCAGGAGGGAGCUGGCGGGCCAGGCAAGACGUCCAGCGCCGCUUCCACGAGCAAGGACAGAGUUCACGUCCUGGAAGGAGCAGUCAUCACCUGGACAAAGCAGGUUCGGUACGUGCUCAAGCAGGAGCCAGAGCAUGUCUUUCGAGACGGCAGCCCGCAGCCGGACGCGGAGCUGCAGUUCUGGCGGAGCAGGGCGAACAACCUGAACUCGAUCCACAUGCAGCUGCAGAUGGAGGGGGUGAAGCGUGUGCUGCGCUUUUUGGAAGCUAACAAGAGCACCUACGUGGCACCUUUCGCGCGGCUUCAGAAGGAGGUCGAGGUGGCACCCCCAAUUUGA